GGUUAGAGGGCCGCCACCCAGCUCCCUGCCUCACGUGGGUGCUAGACCAACCGUCAGAUUCAAACAAACUGCCGGGCAACCCCACUGCUCCAGGCCGGGCCCAGGUGCCGGAGGGAGGCCAUCCCUGCCCCUGGCCUGGCUGCGGGACCGGGACCGAGAGCAAGCUGCCCUCGGCCGGGAGUGGGAAGAUGUCGCAGUCUACCGCCACCGACGAGGGGGCCACGUUCCAGCACCUCUGGAGCUCUCUGGAGCCGGACAGCACCUACUUUGACCUUCCCCAGUCGGGCCAGGGGAAUGAUGAGGUGGUGGGUGGUGCGGAGGCCAGCAUGGAUGUCUUCCACCUGCAGGGCAUGACCACUUCUGUCAUGUCCCAGUUCCAUUUGCUGAGCAGCACCAUGGACCAGAUGAGCAGCCGCGCGGCCCCGGGCAGCCCCUACGCCCCGGAGCACGCCGCUAGCGCUAACGUGCCCACCCACUCGCCCUACGCGCAGCCCAGCUCCACCUUCGACACCAUGUCGCCCGCGCCUGUCAUCCCCUCCAACACCGACUACCCCGGCCCGCACCACUUCGAGGUGACCUUCCAGCAGUCGAGCACAGCCAAGUCGGCCACCUGGACGUAUUCUCCUUUGCUAAAGAAGCUUUACUGCCAAAUCGCCAAGACGUGCCCCAUCCAGAUCAAGGUGUCCACCCCGCCGCCCCCGGGCACCGCCAUCCGCGCCAUGCCCAUCUACAAGAAGGCGGAGCACGUGACCGAGGUCGUGAAGCGCUGCCCCAACCACGAGCUCGGGCGGGACUUCAACGAAGGACAGUCUGCUCCCGCCAGCCACCUCAUCCGCGUGGAGGGCAACAACCUUUCGCAGUACGUGGACGACCCUGUCACCGGCAGGCAGAGCGUCAUGGUGCCCUACGAGCCCCCGCAGGUGGGGACAGAGUUCACCACCAUCCUGUACAACUUCAUGUGCAACAGCAGCUGUGUCGGGGGCAUGAACCGGCGGCCCAUCCUCAUCAUCAUUACCCUGGAGACGCGGGACGGACAGGUGCUGGGCCGCCGGUCCUUCGAGGGCCGCAUCUGUGCCUGUCCUGGCCGAGACCGCAAGGCGGAUGAAGACCACUUCCGCGAACAGCAGGCCCUGAACGAGAGCGCUGCCAGGAGCGGGGCUGCCAGCAAGCGCGCCUUCAAGCAGAGCCCCCCUGCUCUCCCUGCCCUGAGCACCAAUGGGAAGAAGAAGCGGCACGGGGACGAGGAAACCUACUACAUCCACGUGCGGGGCCGGGAGAACUUUGAAAUCCUGAUGAAGGUCAAGGAGAGCCUGGAGUUGAUGGAGCUGGUGCCCCAGCAGCUGGUGGAGUCCUACCGGCAGCAGCAGCAGCUCCUGCAGAGGCCGAGCCACCUGCAGCCUCCGUCCUACGGGCCAGUCCUCUCGCCCGUGAGCAAAGCGCACGGGGCUAUCAACAAGCUGCCCUCCGUCAACCAGCUGGUGGGCCAGCCUCCCCUGCACGGCUCGGCGGCCGCGCCCAGCUUGGGGCCCAUGGGCCCCGGGAUACUCAACAACCACGGCCACGCCCUGCCGGCCAACGGCGAGAUAAACGGCGGCCCCAGCUCCCAGUCCAUGGUCUCGGGAUCGCACUGUACCCCGCCACCCCCCUACCACGCCGACCCCAGCCUGGUCAGCUUUUUAACAGGCUUGGGGUGUCCAAACUGUGUCGAGUGUUUCACCUCCCAGGGGUUACAGAGCAUUUACCACCUGCAGAACCUAACGAUGGAGGACCUGGGGGCCCUGAAGAUCCCGGACCAGCACCGAAUGACCAUCUGGAGGGGCCUCCAGGACCUGAAGCAGAGCCACGACUAUGGCGCGCAGCUGAUCCGCUCCAGCAGCAACGCGGCCACCAUCGCCGUCGGGGGCUCCGGGGAGCUGCAGCGGCAGCGGGUCAUGGAGGCCGUGCACUUCCGCGUGCGCCACACCAUCACCAUCCCCAACCGCGGGGGCCCGGCUGGGGGUGUGGGGCCCGACGAGUGGGCCGACUUCGGCUUCGACCUCCCGGACUGCAAGUCCCGCAAACAGUCCAUCAAAGAGGAGUUCACGGAGAGCGAGGCCAACUGAGGUGGGGCCGGCACAUCCAGGGCCCCCCUGACCCGGUGCUACCGACCCAGAGAGCAGAGAGCCCCGGGAGCCGCGCUGGAUGUCUGCUUCCUUUUUGUCACCAACUGCCUUGGGAGGCAGGACCUCUGGGCUGUGCCAGGAAAGGGACUUGGGCAGGGGGAUGCCCCUGAGGAGGGGCUCCGGGAGCUACGCUGAGGGUGCGCGCCCAGGACCCAUCCUCCAGGGGUCCGGGGGGCCUCCCCCUCCCUGCCUUGCCUUCCUGGGGGCUCUGCUGACCGACUGCCAAAAAGUAUUUCUCGAUGUCUCUGGCUCUGGGUAGCAACACGGCUCGGUGCUUGUACCUAAACACUCCUGUUUUCGGGUCAAGGUUCCAGACUACAUCUCUGCCUGAGGCUGUCCCUCUGCUGGUCUUGAGGGUCAGUCUGCCCUUGCACACCUGACCGCUGGUGCAAAGCCCACUGCAGCCACCUCCCACUUCCUGCCCCAAACAAAAACCAGAGUUUCACUGGAAUCGGGGAGGCAAGGAAACUCCUGGUCGGCGGCCUCCAGCCAGCACCCGUGCCAACACCGCGGGCUGCAGCCCCUCUCUCCAGUGGCCCUCUUAGCAUAGACACGGACAGCAGGCUCCCCAGACCACUGGAAAGUGUCAAUAUUUGAUAAAAUGAUGCCCUUUUCUACAUGGUGGGUGAGGCUUUUUUUAAAUUAACUUUGUUCUUAACAUUCACGUUGGGUCAGCCUAGCGGGAUGCCCGUCUUCCCAGGCCUGUGUAAACAAGAUGGGCUAAGAAAGCCGAGGGGCAAACCAGGCGGGGUCCACACCAGGCAGGGGUAGGUCACUUGCUUCCGCGUGCGGGAUGGGAGGCAGGCAUAGGAGGGCAGAGCCCACCGCCUGCAGCCGUGGCCCCACUCUGCUCCCUGGGAGGCCGGCUCUGCGGGAGAGGCCCUCCUGUCCUCGUGGGGACAGCACUGAGGCAGGUGGAGGGGGUCCAGGCCUUUACGGGACACACCAAGGAGUCAGCGGGCUGGAGGGGGACAGCGUCAGCACCCUAGCUGAUGGGGACAUUUCCAUCUGCAAGAAGCCUUCUGAGCUGCUGUAGCCAGAGAACUUCAGGGCCAGAAACAAGACCACAGAGGGUGGUGGGAGAGGGGAUGAAGCAACCCCCCUUGUUCCAGGCAGGUGGGAUGAAGGGACUCCUGACUAAUGUGUAUGCUGAGCCGCCACCUACUACUUUCGUAGCAUCUCUCUGUCCCUCACUCUGCCUGGGUCCCUGUGGUUAGUCCUGCGGUCUGGGCCCUCCUGUCCAAGGCCCCCAGGCCAGGGGGUGGUGCAGACGGAGCCCUAGUCGCCCUUUGGGGGUUUUCCUGUUGCUAUAACCACCCCCCCAAGCCCCCGGCCCGGGGAAGUUAGGAAGCAGCAGACCUCACGCAGGUCCACUCAGAAGCCGAGCUCUCAAGACUGGGUGUUCAAGUUCCAGUUCCCUCGUUAGGUUCCCAGGCUCUUCAGAGGCGGGCACUGGGCAGAGAGAGGGGUGUCAGUUGUACUAAGUGGCUCAGAGACCAGCCAGCAGGGGACGGAACCUCAGGGCCAGCUCUGCCCCUGACCCGCUGGCAGGAGGCCUCCAGACCAGGGCUUCAUCCUGGACAUGGAGUGUAAACACUGCGCAGCUCUACUUAUUUAAAAAAGCAUUUGUGCGAAGGCAGGUGCCUGCGUCCAGGGUAGCACCCCCUCCCCCCACCAUGCGCUCCCUGGGGACCCCCUUGGGGGCGGAAGGGGGUGUCCUCAGCCCCCAGGAGGCCCCGCCUGCAGCCGGGCCUGAGAGCCAUGGGGAAGAGACCAACCGCCCCCCUGGGGGGGGCGGGCUCAGCUCCUCGGGGCCUGCCGUCGCCCGGCAACCCGGACACAUGCCCUGGCAGCGCCCGACCAGCCGUUGCGCCGUCCUGUUUCCUCUUGACAUCCUCACAAGGCCCGGGGUAAGUACACUGUUCCUGCGGUUCCAACAAGGAAAGUGAAGCACAGAGGGCUGGCUCUGAGCCCCAGGUCACAGCCGCUGCCGUGGUGUCCGGCUCUUGCUCCAGUGGCACACGCUGGGCCCCCAAGUCGUGCCCCGUUGGGAGCUGCAGGCCCUUCCCUCAGCUCCCCUGGGGCCCACGAACCUGACGGAGGAGCAGCUGAGUGCCCGGGGCUCCCGGGACUGUCCCUCAGGCUCAUCCUGUCGGCUGGUGGGGAGGCCACGGGGGCCCCAGGGUGCUCCCGAAGUCCGGGGGCUGCGACGUGCAGGCACGGGCCGGGCGUACCCCCAACCCGGAGGGAGGGGAGACGCAUCCUCCCAGAGGGCCCAGCACAAGCUCCCCGCCCCUUCGGCCCGCGUGAUGAGCCCCCGCAGCUCCUGGGCCUUUGCUCCCGGAGCUGACGGUGGAGCGGCCGUGAGAACUGAGCCGGUGGGGACUUCCUCGUGGUCGCAGGGACACGCACAGCGACAGGAGCAAAGACGGGCUGCGCGAAACUCAAAGAUCAAGAGAAGAUAAACCUGUGAAGAGGCAGGAGGGAAGCGGCCGGGAGAGGGCUGGGCCGGGCCUCAUGGACGCCGGCCGGGCUGAGCACAGCUGCCCGGUCCCAACCGGCUCCUCCCGGCUGCUGGGGGCGGUCGCCCCACCCAGGUUUGGGUGGCUUCUUCAGUGGCCCUGGUUCCCAACAUGCAGGGACCAAGAACGUGGUGUCGCUAUCCCCUCGGACAUGCCAGCCUUGCAGACACAAACAUCAGCUUCUGUUUCGUCGGUUAAAGCGCUUUAAUGCUUUAAGGUUUAAAAAAACACCAGCCCUGUCGUUAACGUCAGGUGAUGCUUCUUCAGGCGGCAUUGAUGGAUCUAUUCCAACCAUAUUAUUACCUUCUCUUGGGAAUGUAAUCUUGGGAAAAUGUGGUAUUUUUUUAGCUGUGUUUUGGUGGGAAUUUUUGGUUUUGUAACAUAAUAAAGCACAUGU